AUGGCUCAAAAUAACCAUGGCACCGAUGGCGCGUUGGACCGUAUGCUUCGUCUCAGUCAACGACAGAAAGCCGUUCCAGCCAUCUUCAUACAUGCCGGCGCCGGUUUCCACAGCCAUCAAAACGAACAUGUCCAUCUGGAAGCUUGUGUAGCGGCCUCCGAAAUGGGUAUGAAGUUCUUGAAAGCUGGUGCGACUGCAACCGAGGCUGUCGAAGCUGCUCUGCGAAUCCUCGAGGAUAAGGAAAUCACCAAUGCCGGCUAUGGCUCGAACCUAUCCAUUGACGGUACAGUCGAGUGUGAUGCUACAAUUGUUGACCACCUCGGCCGAAGUGGUGCUUGCGGUGCAGUUCCAAACAUACGCAACCCCAUUUCCCUUGCGAAACUCAUUCUAGAUACCAGUAGCCAGCCGCUUAGCCUUCGACGAGUCCCGCCAAACGCACUUGUCGGUGAAGGGGCUCGCAUUUUCGCCGAGGAGCAUGGCGUGGUUACCUUUGCGAAUGAGUACCUUGUCUCAAAAAACUCCCGCGACCGGUUCUUUCGUUGGCAAGAGGAUCUGUUACGGGCAGAAGAAAGGGUCCAAGAUUCUCGGACGGGUUUACAGUCUCCAUCUGUCACCAUGGCAUGUGUUCCUUGUCAAUACGACACGGCCCCAUCCGCAGAUACACGUAAACCAUUUCCUCGCGAACAUACGGCGGCAAUACUGGCUGGCACGUGGAAUGAGGGACAGCCUGACUCACCAUAUGCGGGCACUCCAGCUCCUGACUCUGCCAGCAUGCAGGAGGGUUCUUUCUUCUCACCACGGUCCAACGUAUCGCCGUCUGCCCCAACUUCGAAAUCACCCCGGCCAUCACCAAGAUCUCCCAUUUCUUCAGCCUCUUUGGCUGAGAGUAAAAUCAUCGGGGUCUCCCCAACACGAGCCAGAUAUAUUGACAGGCGGCCAGACGUGGUCGUAGACAGCCCAAGUCCAACAGGCACUAUUCGCCGGAAUGCCCCGGAAAUUUCGCGAUCAAACAACAGUUUCACCCUGGAAGCCUCGUCUCCAUGUAUACAGUCAAAUCAAUGCGACAACACGCCAUCAAUUCCGAGCGGCCUCCAAGGUGUAAAACGACCUUUUCAUGAAGAAAACCAACCUCGAGAGACUGACGGUCCAGUAGCUAAGCGCCAAGUGCGGUUGAACAGCCGAGACGAGGACAUGAUCACGGACACUAUCGGUGCUAUUGCGAUUGAUGAUCAAGGAAGAAUAGCUGCGGGAUCUUCUUCCGGGGGCAUUGGAAUGAAGCACCGAGGACGCCUGGGUCCUGCUGCCCUUGUUGGUAUUGGCACAGCUGUAGUACCAUGUGCGGAAGACGAUGAAGAAGGAAUUACUGUAGCUGCUGUAACAAGCGGAACCGGGGAGCAUAUGGCAACGACAAUGGCAUCACAAAGAUGUGCAGAAAGAAUCUAUACAGGAACACGACGAGCGCCAGGUGGCGGGGAUAUGCAAGACGACGAUGAGGACGCAAUUAUGGAGUCAUUUAUCUCUGAGGACUUCAUGGGCCACCCUGGGGUCAAGAAUUGCAACUCUCAGGGAGCUAUUGGUGUCAUGGUGGUCAAGAAAAGCCGAACUGGAUACUAUCUCUACUUUGCACACAACACAGAUUCCUUUGCUCUUGCAUCAAUGGGAGCGCUUGAAAAGGAGCCUCGUUGUACCAUGUCUCGGCUUCCUGACGGUGCUAAGAUUGCCAAGGGUGGUCGCAAAAUACGAAUUUCUUGA